UUUCUCUGCACCUUCUCUGUUGCUGUUAACACUACAGCCUGCAUUCUAUUCCAUUACCACAUCGUACUUAUAUAAGGUAUGAUUUGCCUAGUUAGCGCACAUGACAAUACUUUUCAUUGUAUCUCGGUAUAUGUGAUAACAAUAAAGCAAAUCAAAAUUGAAGACUAGCUCUCCCAAUUUUGGCACAAUCCCCCAAAUGUAAGUGAGGAAGACUUUGCAGGGUUGCCAGAGCUGUGUCACUGCCAUUGUCAUUUCUAGUGCCUAUGUCGAUGCCAAUUGGUCCAUCUGGUUUAGUCUCAGUCCUGCGACAUUAUCACAUGGACAAUGUAUUAAAGAGACUCUAUCCUUGGUCGGACCACUGUUGCUCUGUGUUGGUUUCCACCAGGUAUUCCAGUUUCCUCCCACUGUCCAAAGAUGUGCAGGUUAGUUGAUUUGGCUAUGCUAAAUUUUCUAUAACGUGCAGGCCAGGUGGAUUAGUUGUGGUAAAAUGCAGGGUUACGGGGAUACGGUGGGAUGCUCUUCGGAAGGCCAGUGCAGACCCACUGGGCCAAAAGGCCUCUUACUGCAUUCUAGGGAUCCUACGAUUCUAAACAUCAUAUUCAUGGCCAUUCCUUCAACAUAACUCGGUCAAAAUUCUAAAACUCCCUAAGAGCACUGUGGGUUCACUAACACCACAUGGGCAACAGCAGUUCUGGAAGCUCAUCAUUACCUUCACAAGCGUGGUUCAGGGUGGGCAAUAAAUGACGGGUGGCCAGCAUUACCCAAUCCUGUGAAUGAAAAAAAAGACAGCAUCUAGCAACAAACACAUAUAAAUCAACAGGAGCAGAGUGAUCAGCUGUCAUGUAGCACUUGAUUAUUCUUCUGGUGAGACAAUAUCCUCUAGCCAAAGCAUCAGGCUCUUGUUGACUGCAGUGCUGGACCUUUUUUUCUAUGUUAAUUUUUAUAUCUUAUUUCAUUGUUCUCAUUGUUUCCCUUCUGAGGCAAUGAGUUGCGCAUACCUAAACUGUGUGCGAAAUACGAGGUCUGUCUUUUCCCAGUCAAUCAAAUUCUAGAGUUAUACAUAGGACAGACGAAGAAAGGAUAGCAGAUUUCCUCCUCUAAGGGGAAUAAACGACGUUAAUUUAUCAGCCAACUGCUGUGAUAGGAUUUGAAAACCUUUCCUCAGAACCCGGUCCUUUCAUUAUUGAGACAAUGGCAUUACCACUACAGCACCAUGUCCCCAAUUGCUCCAUGAGUGAUUGGAAUGCACAGGCUCCAUCUCGUGUGGAUACAGACACUCUGAAAUCUUUCUGUCUACAUUGUGCCCUUUAUUUUGCAACUGCCUCGGGAUUCUUUUUGGACUACUUAUUGACAUAGCUCUUUCUCAUCAAUUGCUUUUGCAAACUAGAAGACUUGUUUUUCAGACUCUCUUCAGUAAUUUCUGUCCAUACGUUGUUUUUUGUUUGCGAUUACACCAAGUCAAUAUUUCCCAGAAGUUGCAAUGCGAAGAAUGUUGAGCGACGUACAGCAUAGUCAAACCCAUCCCCUGGAACUCGUGGAUUGCCGGCUUUUGAUAAGGAGUGGGUGGAAAUUAAUUUUGCUGAACCGACUGUAACCAUACCUCACUUAGACAGACGUUCCACUGACUCUUCACAAACAAACCAGAACCCACUACAACAAGGUGCAGAGCUGGAUGAACACAGCAGGCCAAGGAGCAUCAUAGGAGCUAAUCUGUUUUGUCGCCAAACUUUCUCUCACAGCCGUUAUCUGGAUUUAUGUUGCACUGUGGGAAUCACUGGAGGUCUUGACCGGAUUGGUCCGGUUUGGGCCGGUUACUGCGCUGCCUGGGGGUGGGCGGCAGAGAGCCGUUUAAAGAUGGCAGUCGAGGAGUUGUGUUUCAAGGAGUCGGCUCUCGUUUACUUAGAUAGGACUGGAGGUCUUCACAGAUUUAUCAACGAUUGUAUUCGCUAUAAUGAUUCCAAACAGUGUCUUGCUAUUUAUCGCUUCAUUAUUUGUGUGAAUCCAGCUGACGUGACAGAGUUGGAUGCAAGGCUUGGUAACUGUAUUCUUCAUCAGCCAAUAAGAGCUGCGCACUUGUUUCAGUCUGUUUGCUUUACAUCAAUCAAGACAUUGUCAUUAAUUGAACAAUUAGAAACAGAAAACCAGGUUAAUGUUGUGCUAAAGCUGACACACUUACCUCCACUACCAAAUUACUCAUUUAACCUCUGCCAGUUCCCCCGUGGGUACCAGCUGCUGAGAUACUAUAAGAUAGAGGGAGUAGUGAUUGCAAUAACGACUGUAACCAAAUACACUCAAGGUGCAAGAUUUCUUUGUUCUGAAUCAAGCUGCCCUUUUUCAACAGGCUUUCAGUACAUUCGAGUGCAUACUGUAGGUGCUACAGAAUCAGCAACUGUGCGAAAUGAUUUCACGUGCACUUUGUGUAACUCUGCACUCAAGGAAGAUGUGAAAUUCAGAGUGCUGGGUGACAAACAGCUUGUUGAAAUAAUUGAUGCAGCUGCCCUUGAUGUUAUUAAAGGAAAUCAAGUCAACAGAUCGUAUUCUAGAUACCAGUCUUUCACUGUAUUCUUAAGGGAUGAGCUUCCUAAUAGAAUGAAGAUGGGCAAUAGAUACUAUAUAAUAGGAAUUCCGGCUCAUGUAUACAGUGGUUCACAACUACAAUUGUGUAUGGAAGCAAAUAGCAUACAGCCAUGGUUUACAAACGGUAAGAUCUAUCCACCCUUCAUCAGUGACAACUUCAAAUGUCUACUUUCUACCACUGCAUCUUCACCUUGGAGAUUCACAGCUGUUCUGGCCAAUAUCUUUGCUGCACAGAUUGUUCCUCCAGGCACUUACAACAUUCUCAAACUCAGCUUGCUACUGAGUCUGGUUCAGACCUGCAAAAAUGAAAAGCAGACAAUGGAAUGCUUAGACCUUUUAAUUGUUACAAGUGAUCCAGUAACUGUGGACAGGCUGUUAACAUAUAGUUUGAGCCUUGUGCCUUGUGGAGUGCGACAUUUACCGUCAUAUGAAAUGUUUGCUACAGUCUCGAAAGAUGAACAUGGAACUGGCACUGCCAAAGUUCAGGCUGGCUCUGCCUUACUGGCUAAAGGAGGUAUCUGCUAUAUAGGAGAACUUUUUUCAUACAGAAAAGACAAACUUGAUUUACUUCAGACAGUUUUAGAGACUAGGAGUACCACAGUGUUUAUUUCUGGGAAAAAGUUUGGAGAAGAUGUUGAUCAACAGAUGUCCUUUCCAAUCCAGUGCAACUUCUGGGCUUUGGCUGAUGCUGAUAGUCACCUAAAGAAAGCCAUGCAACAAGAAGAUGCUGUAAUUGGUUCAAUGGACAUCAGCUCAGUCCCAGCUAAUCUGGUUGAUGGUUUUGGUCUGUUGAUUUACUGUGGUGAAUCAUCCAACUACCAUUCUCCUGUGCAUCUAAUACAGCAUGUACUGAGUGAAGCUAUGAAUCCAAGCAAGCCUCUUUAUCCAGCACUGCAGAAAUUUACGACACAAGACUAUGAAAAGCUGCUAGCAUUUGCUAGAAACCAGCAGACUGAACUUACUUCCGAGGCCGAGAGGCUUAUACAAGGGUAUUACACUGCAAGUCGGAGAGUCCGAACUGAUCCUGUCCAUGGAUCUAAAAUUUCCCCCACUGCACUGAAGGCAUUAAUGUCAUUGUCUGAAACACACGCCAAACUCAGCCUGAGAAACAAAGUACUGGAACAGGAUGCUGUCAUUGCAAUUUUGCUAUAUGAAAUUUCCAUCACUGCAAGGCAUGGUACCUCAGUGUUAUGUGUGGCUCCCAAUGCAGUGUUUCCUUUUGAGCUGUGUGAUGAGCAUAGCUUAAAUCAGAGAGAUAUAUAUUUGGCACAAUUCCAUCAACAGCUGUUACAGUUCUGCUAUACAUAUGCUCCUGGGAUGUCUGUGCACUUUUCUGAAGAAUAA